AGGAGCUGACUCUGCUGUGGGAGAAGUCUCGCCAGAGGAACAUAGACAUGGAGAAAAAACACAAGCUGGUGACCUCAAUGAUUGCUAAGAUGAAGGGCAAGAUGUUGGAAAUGGCGCGGUCGCACACGGUGUCACGGGUGCUGCAGAUGUGUGUUAAGCACGGCAGGAAGGACGAGAGGAGAUGGUGUUCGCUGAGUUGAGGCCGCACUGCAGGGAGCUGGCCAUUCACCCGUAUGCCCACCACUUAGUCAACCGGAUGAUGGACCAUGUCGUGGAGCACGCCUACCAGCUCUCCACACCUCCCCAGCGCUCAGCUCUAGCGUCCGAGUUCUUCUCCCCCGAGUUCCGCCUCUUCCCCUCGCUCGCCCUCCCGGGCUCCGGCCACCUCUCUGACCUGCUGGCGGAUCUCCCCACGGGCACCACCCGGCAGUCCGUGCUGCAGCACCUGGAAGCUUCCCUGCAGCCGAUACUGGAGAAGGGGAUCGUGGACCACUCGCUGUUCCACAGAGUGCUGGCGGACUACCUUCAAGUCAUCUCCAAGAGGGAGGUGGCGGAGGUCCGGCAGCAUCUGAUGGGCGCUCUGCUGCUGCGCAUGGUGCACACGAGGGAUGGGGUCAGGAUCGCCAACACCAUGGUUGCCCAGGCGACUCCUAAGGAGGUGCGGCGGGUGGUGAAGGCGCUGAAGGGAGUGGUGGCGCGCGUGGCGUGUGACGACCACGGCCACCUGCUGCUGCUGCAGAUGCUCGAGUCCGCCUCUUCCGGUCCUUUGACCCGGUUCGUGGUCAAGGAGCUCAUUAAAGACCUCUUCGAGGUCAUGCAGGAGCGGAUCGGCCGCCGGUUCCUGCUGCAGCUGCUCGCCCCCUCCUCCCACCGCUACCUGCCACCCGAUGCCGCCCAGGCUGUUGUGGUGGGCGGCAGAGUGGAGGAGGAGGGGGAGGAAGAGGAGGAGGAGGGGCAGGAGGAGGAAGGAGGGGAUGAUGAUGGAGAGGAGGGGGAGGAAGAGGAGGGAAAGGAGCAAGGGGGGCGAUGGAAGAAGGGGAGGGUGAAGAGGAGGAGGAGGAAGGUCAGGGAGGUGAGGAGAUGGAAGAGGAUGAGGAGGAGGAGGAGGAGGGAGGAGAGGGGGAGGCGGAGGAGGGUGAAGAGGGAGAGGAGGGAAAGGAAGGGGAUGAGGGAGAAGAGGGAGAAGAGGGGGAGGAGGGGAGGAGGGGGAGGAAGGGGAGGAGGAGGAAGAGGCGGGGGAGGGAGAGGAAGGAGGUGCCACAGCUACGAAGUUCAGCAAGAGGAAGGGGAAGGCAGACGGCAAGAAGAGAAAGGCUGCUGCCGCUGCAGCAGCAGCAGAUGAUGAUGAUAGUGAUGAGGAGGAGGAGG